AGUAAAUGUUUCUUGUUCUUUCUCAACUUCACUUGCCUAUAAAUAGACAACAUUCAAGCCACUUCCUUCACAUCGACAUAUAUCUACUAGUUUUCUACAAGUUCACAGUGAGUUCUGAAAAAUGGGUUCCAAGGUUUUGCUUGUUCUAGUUAUGUUCAUGGCCACUAUACUUCUGAUCUCCUCUGAGGUUGCACCCAAUGAACACGAGAGUUUUGACAAAAAAGAUGGGAAGCAUGUUCCAAAUGGGGUAGAUGAAAGCAAAUGGGGUUAUGGGGGCUGGGGUAACCCUUGGUAUGGUGGAUGGGGUAACCCUUGGUAUGGUGGUGGCUGGGGAGGUCCGUGGCGUGGUGGUGGUUGGGGAGGACCAUGGCGUGGUGGUGGCUGGGGAGGUCCAUGGCGUCGUGGCUAUGGUGGUUGGCGUGCCCCUAAUGAACAUGUUGAGGUUGGGAUUGAUGCUAACCCUCGCAACUAAGAACAAAACUUGCUUACUUUAUGUGUGGUUCAAGUUAUCAAAAUAAAUAAAACCCUGUUAAAAGGGUUUAGUUGUAAUAAAAGUGGAAAUCUUGCUCUCUACGCUCUUUGUGAUAUAAAGGAAUAGUAGUUUUAUUUAAUGUAUUUCAUUAUCUUAA